AUGACAGAGGGCUCUACCGGUGCUCCUCGCGCCGGAGGUGUACAGUCCGGUGACGCCUGGACCAAGAAGGAAUCCGCCGAAGAGAACCUCUACGUGAAGAGGAAGGAGACCGAAAAGCUCCUCGCACUCAAGGAGAAGCUGAAGCAGCAGCGUGCCCACCUUGAUGAGCUUGAUGCCCACAUUGACGAGCUCACCAAGAACCAGGGUGGUGAACAGAACUAA